AGCAGCGGGAGUACAGAUGGAAGGACGUGAGCCAUGUGAUGGUCCACGUGGCGCUAAGGCGAGAAGCACCGGCACUGAAACGCAUAGGAUCUAUAUGCGGUACAUAACAGAGGCACAUAAUGAGAGAGGGUGAGGGUCGUGUGAAUGUGAAGAAACCAAACCUACUGCUACUGCUACGCUAUGGAUUCGCUAGUCCUCCACAGUGCAUCGUCAGCAACCUCAAUGGCGAAGCGUCCCUGUCCCUCGCAAAACCCUAGAGUCGAUAACCUGAACGAUGUGGAGCGUCUUCUCGACGCCUUUCUCUCCCUCUCCGACCUCCCUUCUCUCUCCCUCGAUCUCUCCUUCGAGAGGCUUCUCCACUCACUUCCCCCCGACUCCGACCUCAUCGAUCGCGCCCUCAAAAUGGGCUCUCUCCUCCUCGACGCCGCCAAACACUCCUCCAGAAAACGCGCUUCCAACCACAAUUCCCUCGCCUGGCCUCUCCCUCCCGACCUCACCAUCAAGGUCUUCUCAAUGCUUGAUACCCAGAGCCUCUGCUAUGCGUCAGCUACUUGUUCACUUUUUAGCAAAUGUGCUAAAGAUCCUCUGUGCUAUGCAAAUCUUGAUUUGACAACCCUUGUUCCGAAGGUUAACAAUGCAGUUGUUGCAACGAUGAUUCAGCGUGCUGGAAAGGCACUAAGGUCUCUUAAGCUGGGUGUUGUCCCUGGCGCUACUACACUUGGAUCUUGUCCGCCAUUUGUUUGUACCAUCAGACAUUCUAUUGUAGAAGUAUCUAACUUUUCAUGGAAUGAUAAGAGAUCUCGACAAGGGAGAGAGUCAUCCAUUCUCACAAGAUGCUGUUUGAGCCCUUUAAGUGGGGAUGGUGGUGCCCCCGGGGCUCUUUUGAGAAAGUUGCACUUGUACAACAUCGAGAGAAUGGAUAAUGCAUCCCUUAGUGUGGCAUUGUCAGCAUGCCCUUCUCUCCUUGAUUUGGAAAUUGUUGGGCUCCAUGUUGAGCUGAGGCAAACGUUAAUGUCAGUGAGUGCAAACUGCCACUUGAUAGAGCGUUUGUUUUUUGAGUCUUCUAAAACAGUUAUCCCUUUUUGGUUAUCAGGUAGAGACGACAGCUUGAAAGCACAAACGUGUUUUGAGCUAGUAAGCAGUUGUCCUCAUCUUACUUCUUUAUCCCUUAGAGGGUUUAAGCUACACGAUUGUAAAGUUCGCGUACUGGUUAAGGGAUUUAGGAAACUAAAAUAUGUUGACUUUUCAACAUCCUAUUCAAUCACUGGUAACUUCUUAAGAAACCUUGGAAGCUGCAAUGGUGGGAAUUUACUCGAGGUCUUAAUUUUAAGGGAUUGCAUGCAUCUCAAAGAGAUGGAAGUCGCUAGGCUGUUGACUGCAAUUCUUGCUGGAGAUUUCAAAUUGCUUGUACAUCUUGACAUAUCCAAUAGGGAAGGCUUAGCAUCCGAGUCUGACUGGUAUCACAGGUGCUACAACUCUAGUAUUAUGCCUGUAAAACAGGUUUUGGAAACAAGGCCUGAUAUGUGUCUGGUGGCUGAAUAUCCAUCAGCAGAAGGAAGUUACAUUGAGAGCUUCGACGCUGAUAUGAAUAGUGAGAUAAGUCUGCCAUCACAAUUGAGCAGCCACACGUCAGAUGGAUCAAUUUUUUUGAGUACAUCUGAAAGCAGCUACAAUAGUGAUCAAGGAAGUGGCAAUGAGGAUGGUCAAGAUGCCAACUACGUGAUAUAUGAGGAAAGCUCAGAUGAGAUUGACUUUCUGCCCCUAUAGGGAAUCCUCGUUGUGAGGCAUCAAUUGAGAAGGAUAACAAUCAAGUGAACUUGGGGAGCGGCAGGGGAAGAACGAUGAGGCAGGAUGGAUGUCAACUAUGGACCCUGGAUUUUUCAACUUUCGUUUUGUCCUUCUCUCUAUUGAAGCUGUUCAUUGAGGAAUUUCAUUCUGGAGGACAAUUGGAGAUCGAUUGCAACUUUAAAGUUGGCCUUUGUUCCCAUAUUUUCAGAAAUGUAAUUAUACUGCUGCACCAACCCGCUGGCUCCCCCAAAAAAAGAGGUUAUUUUUCCUCGGCAUCAAUCCAUGUAGCGCUGGAAUUUAUUUUUAGUUCUAAUGUGGAAGAGGUCUUCAAUUAUGUAUUUUGUACCCUGUUUAGCUAAUUCGCAAAUAAAAUUAAGUAAACAGUUUUUUGUUUACUUUCUAUUAGUAUAGGAGAUGGGCUGGUUAUGGAUCAUUCCAUGAUGAAUGAACAUGACCUGUUGAUCAAACAAAUUCCUAUUCGUGAGAGGUGACAUCCUUGAAAAAAUGUAACUCGCAUUUAUUGCAUCAUUUCUUGUAGGUGUAAUACACAAUUAUGGAAUUGAUGUAAUAUUCUUACCUGCUUGCUCCUAAGCUUGACAAAAUGACUUGAAGUUCCUGUUGAGCUGUACAUUGCGGGUGGGCAUAAAACUUUACUGUAUAUACUAAUGAAACUGUUCUCUGUUCUUAUGCA